CCGCGAGGACAUCAAGUCGUGGCACGUCAACUACUGCAGCGAAGUAUCAUAACGGCCUCGCCGGUGCAACGGCCUCGGGCGGUGCAGCGAGUGCCCCCGACCAACAAGAAGAUGCCAACUUGGCGUCGAACAAGGAACACCUCCCGGAGAGGGCGCAGCACAAUCCCCUGCCCGACGGGUGGACGCGGGUGCACAAGUAUCUGGCCAUUGGGCCGGACGGGCAGGAGUACUCGAUGCGGAUCCCGAAGCCCUGGAGCCUGGGGAAAGCGAACUACGUAGACGGCAAGGGCCGGACGCGGUCGAAAAACGUGUUCCGGACCAACGACGGGCGGGAGUUCGGCACGCACGAGAUGGACAAGCUCUUGUACGCAAUCAAGGAGUUCAACGACAGAACGGAAGGUGCCUCGAAAAGUGGAGUAGAUGUGGGAGGUGGUGGUGUAGUAAAAACAGGGACCCCGCCCGCGGCCCCUGCAGCUCCGGGUGGUCGUGUUGCAGCUCCGACUUCUGCUUCUGUUCCUGCAGGAGUGGGCACCACGACCACGAGCAAGGCAGUAGAACAGGGUCCUCGUGCAGAAGCCGCGACUCCGGGGCAGAACGUUGUCGGUGGAUCCCUCCUCGUCCAGAGACCACAAGAAGGGCACCAGCUUCAACAGCAGCAACUGAUUCCAUCUCCAGAGCAGCGAGGAGGAGGAGUAGGUCAGCUGCAGCAGGAAGAAAAUGUUCUUACAAAAGAAGCAAAUUCGCAAGCGACCACGUCGAGGAUCUCUACUACUAACGUACAGCUACAGGCCCCCGCAGCGACAGUGCGGGGACAAGAACACCAGCCACCGCCCAAGACGAGCGAAAUGAUUAGUCGAGCGGCCCAGCAGCUGGCCCAGAGUCAGCAGAGGGAGGAAGGAACGAUGCGGCAGGAGGGGGGGAAUCGGAAUGAUGUUGUGCAACAAGAGCAGCAGCAGAGCUAUGUUGGUCUACCUCGUCGGGAAAUGAUAAACCAGCCGCAAAGCAGUACCUCUUUAAAUGGUGCCGAGAACAAUCGGUCGGUGGUCAUAAUUCCGGACGACCCAAAAAUACAAGGAAUACUAGACCCACGACCAGGUCCUCGCACGGAAAGAAGCCCGACGAUGUUCGCCCCGUCUGCUCGUAAUUCUCAGGAACAGCACCAGCACCAGCAGCACGAACCGCAGCAGCCGCAGCCCAUCCCGAUCCCACCGACAGCGAAGAUAAAAAUGGAUGAACGCUCGCACAACAAGCAAAAAUCCGUGACCGCCAAGAAGGCUCUAAGUAGUUUAGGACUACUGCAAGUCGACGACCAUAGUGGAGGUUCCCACCCGAAGCGGCCAAGCGCUGUAGGUGGUAGCACUUCUCCAAAUACCGGAGCAGGGACGACCUCAUCCACUGGGGCAGGCGGGGGCAUGAAACAGACUGGGGGUACUACCACCUCCUCGUCGAGAAGUACCACGAAGACGAAGAAACUGCUGACAAAUUUUGUCGAUGAGCACGGCAAUCCGGAGCCGCCCCCGAGGUACGGCAGCACCACGC